CCGGCCCCGAGUGGCCCCCGUGGGGUUCGGCCCCGAGCCCGCCCGCCCCGGCGUCACCCCUGGCACACGGCCUCGGCCAGCGGCCCCGGGGAGGCGGCGGGGCAGUGCCGGUGCCCCCGCAGGCAUCUGGAAGGUUCCGGCUCGCCCGCCCCCCGCCGCCCCGACCCUCUUGCUCUAUAAAUGCGGGCGCCGGUGGCCGGUGCGCUCAGAGCGGCGGCGCCGGGGCCAUGCUGGGGGCCUGGCUGCUGCUUUGGGGUUCCGUGGCCCUGGGCGGCCGAGCGGACACCGCCUUCCUCCGCCGCGCCCAUGACAGCUCCGGGCACUGCACCUACUCCUUCACGGUCGCCAGCCCCGUGGAGGCCGCCUGCCCCGAGGCUGCCGGCGGCGUGCCCGAGCUGCGCGCCGAGCUGGCCGCCCUCGCCGCCCGCCUGAGUCGGCUGGAGAGCCGGGAGCGAGCAGUGGGGGGCUCGGGGCCGCGGGGAGCCGAGCCGGGGGCCGCACGGGACCCCCAGCAAGUGGCCGCGGCCUCCCGCCUGGAGGCCGCGUACGGUGAGCUGCUGCGGGCCAAGUCCCGGCUGGAGGAGGAGAAGGGGCGGCUGGAGCGGGAGAAAGAGGAGCUGGGCAGGCGGCUGGAGAGCAGCGCCCAGGAGAUCACCCGGCUGCGGGCCGCCCGCUGCCCCCCCGGCAGAGAGGGGCCCGGCCGGGACACGCUGCGUGCCCCCGCCAAGGCGCCGCGCUGGGAGCCGCAGCCCCUCAGCUACCAGGAGCUGCAGUCGGAGAGGACCGAGGUUCCCGUGUCCCGCCUGCUGGAGGAGACGGCGCUCGGCCGCCCGGGCAAAGAGGACUCAGGCUGCGGCCAGCUGGUGUGGGUGGGAGAGCCCGUGGUGUUCGGCCGGGCGGACUCCAUCGCGGGCAAGUACGGCGUGUGGAUGAAGGACCCCGAGCCCGUGCCGCCCUUCACCCGGGACAACACCUGGCGUGUGGACACCGUGGGCACCGAGGUGCGCCAGCUCUUCCAGUACGAGGAGGCCGAGCAGCUGGCCCGGGGCUACCCCGCCAAGGUGCACAUCCUGCCGCGGCCCCUGGAGAGCACGGGGGCCGUCAUCUACCGCGGCGGGCUCUUCUUCCAGCCCCGCCAGUCCCGCUCCGUGGCCCGCUACGACCUGCGGGGAGAAACCAUCACGGCCGAGAGGGAGAUCCCCGGUGCCGGCUACCACGGGCAGUACCCCUACUCCUGGGGGGGCUACACCGACAUCGACCUGGCGGUGGAUGAGACGGGGCUCUGGGUCAUCUACAGCACUGAGAAGGCCCGGGGAGCCAUCGUCCUGUCCAAGCUGGACCCCGAGACGCUGGAGAUCCGUCGGACCUGGGAAACCAACAUCCGCAAGCGGGGGGUGGCCAAUUCCUUCCUCAUCUGCGGCACCCUCUACACCGUCAGCAGCUACUCGGCGCCCAACGCCACCAUCAACUUUGCCUACGACACUGCCACGGGCAGCAGCCGGGCCCUCAGCAUCCCCUUCGAGAACCGCUUCCGCUACCUCAGCAUGCUGGACUACAACCCUGCCGAGCGGCGGCUCUUCGCGUGGGACAGCUUCAACAUGGUCACCUACCCCGUCCGCCUCUCCCGGGCGUGAGCCGCGGCUGGCAACGCGCCGGCUCAACCCCCGGGACCUCUGUGUGUGCCUUGGCACCCUGCUUCCCUCCCCAUUUCCCCCGGCACGGCCCCCCGGAGCGCCACCUCACACAGCCUCGGGUGGUGCUGGGGGCCACACGCUGCCCAGCCACAUCGCAUUGUGCUCAAGUGCAGCAGAGAGAGAUGAAGCACUGCUCCAGAGCCUGGCCGAGCCAGGGAAAUGCCUCUCACCAGCCUCGGUGGGUUUUGGAUGGGUCACAGCAGCACCCAGCCCUGAGCUGCUCCAGCACCUCUCUGAGCACCCAGCUUAGCCACCCCGAAUGUGGAGCAGGGAGGGCUCAGGCAUGGUGGGGGUUGGGCAGAACAGGUGGUAGAAGGGCUGUGCAGGAGGAUCCUGCCUUAAAAUAAGCGUUUUUCCCUGGUCGUGAGCAGCGAUCCCCUCUGUGGGGUCAGGGUUUGUUGUUUCCAGGCUUCAGCCCUGCAGCGCUCUCAUGCAGAGAUCCCACAAGCUCCACUGGCAUCCCACACUCCCAGUGCCCAAGGGCAUCCUGGAGCUCAGCCACCUCCAAAAAUCGAGUAGGCUCAAAAGCAGCAGAAAAUACAGACACACAUUGCACAAGCCUUGUUUUACUGAGGAAAAAAAAGCAGCCAAGAGAGCAGGGGUGAGGAGUGCUGGCAGAGCAUCCUGCAGGCGGGUGGCCUCUCGGUACCCAGCCCUUCCAGCCAUGUGCUUCAGCUUUACAGGCCAUGCCAGGCCAGCAGCUCUCCCCACACCAGUCCAAAACACGCCACUUUAUCUAUUUAUUGUAGAAAGCUUGUAGGAGGAGGCUGCUUUCCCUGUGGCACUCAGGGCAGCAGCAACCAUGUUCCCCAGGGGCUGCGUAGGGUCCUGGCCCAAUAAAUAUUGCCCAGCACCUCUGCUGCCUUGCACCUCGUCUUCCCAAGCCUGUUUUCCAAGGAGUGUGGUGGGCUGGUGCCCCUCUUGAUGCACCUACAGGCUGAAGGUGCUGGUGGGGGGACCUGUAAAGCCUUGAGCAGGAAAAUUCCACAUUUUGGAAGGCAGCUUCUGACAGCAACACACCAGGUACUGGAGCAGUGGAAAAGGACAGAGAACACAGUGGGACAUUUGUGAUGAUCACCUGCAGCUACAGGGAUUUUCAGUGAGAUGCUUCACCCCACUGCUGUCCUCCUGACACUAGCACUGUUGUUCUAAGUAGCAGCACUGUAUGCUUGCAUAUCACAAUGAAGCAUUUGGUUUCUCCACCAUCCCCAUGCUUUAUUUUGGAAAAAUAUGAGAUGGUUGUAAAAAGUGAGAUGGUAUUUGGUAAGCUGCAGUGGGGGCAGCAGGUGGGAGCCCAGCAUGAAGAGAGAGGAGGCUGAAAGACCCAUUCCUGCUCCUGGGCAGGCCCAGAGCCAGGGCCAGUGAAGGUGUCCCUGUGGCCAGCGAUGGCCCCAGGUUCUGCAGCAAGGCUCAGCCUGGGAGGGUCAGUAACACAUCGCCCCUGUCACUGUCACACACAGAGCUGGGGAGCCCUGGGGCCCGGGCAGGAUCUGGGUGAGGGCAGGGGAGAGCCAAGCAGGCAGCAGCCAGGGUCAGCAGUACCCAGCAAACAUGCCACCAAGGGUGGGAGAAAGGCAUUUCUGUCCCAAAACGGGAUGGGAGGCAGGGCUGGAGUCCCCCUUCACCCUGCAGCUCCCGGGGGAGUGAGCCAAGCCCCGGGAUGAAAGGCAGGGUUUGUGCAGAGCCCCGGGGAGCAGCAGCACCUCAGUGAGCCCAGACACCGAGGGCAGACAGCUCCCGCCCUUCCCUGCGCCGCGGCCUUUUCAGGCCGGGAAGUCCAUCUCUUAAUUGACUGAGAAAAUAAAGGAGGACAAGCCAAUGUACACAGGAUUUCCAGAAAGCUGGGCUGGAGCUGAACAGCGCUCAAUACACUGCUUUACUUAACAGGCUUUGGGAAAACAAGCCCUCCCUGCCCACAUCCCAGCAAGAAGCCAGCCUGAGCCCAGGGGGGUUGCUGGAUCUGGCUCCAGUCACAUUUAACCCCUCUCUGGCUCUUGCCCUGGAGAAAAGUUACAACCUUUUCACAGCUUCAAGAUUAUUAAGGAGAAAGAAACUGAAUUCCCCAAACAAAAUUGUUCCCUAACUUCUGGGAGGUUCAGCACAAUUAUUUCUGAUUACCAGAGUCCUAGAAAAGAUAUUACAAACCAAAUCCCACUCAAAUUUAAAAAAAGCAACAGCUACUCCAGUGUAAAUAGCCAGGAGCAAGUUAUCUGAUUAAAUGUCAUAAAAUAUUCAAUCAA